AUGUCGAAUGUUCUUGUCAAAAAUAAUAAAGACUUUUUCUCACCGCGGAGAAAUAUUUUUAGGGUCAACCACGAUAGAGCGACAUAUAGAUAUGAUCAUUCAAAGAUAAACUCUGUAAAUAGUACACAUCUACCAAAAGUACUAAUUGUAUUAGGUACACGUCCUGAAGGGAUUAAAUGUGCUCCGUUGAUUGCCGAACUAAAAUCAGAUUAUUAUCGUUCAAGAUUCGAAGUUAUUGUACUCAGCACCGGGCAACAUCAACAAAUGCUACGACAAGCCUUGAUUGCAUUUCAACAAAAAAUUGAUAUCGACUUAAAUUUAAUGACACACAAUCAAACAUUAUCGGAUUUAUUCAAUCGAGUGUUUUCAGAAGUAGCCAAUCAAAUCAAUAUUAUUCGACCUAAUCUUUUAAUAGUGCAAGGUGAUACAACGACUGCACUUGCUUCUUCUUUAGCGUCUGCAUAUCAUAGUAUUCCGGUCGCACACGUUGAAGCAGGUCUUCGAUCAUUUAAUCUAUUGAAUCCCUAUCCAGAAGAACUUAAUCGUAAGAUAAUUGAUUCUUUUGCAAAACUUAUGUUUGCUCCGACAACAUUCGCUAAAGAGGUACUUGUUCGUGAAGGUGCCUGUGAGACGGAUAUUUUUACUACUGGAAAUACCGGUGUCGAUGCAUUCUAUCAUCACCAAAAUCGAACUUAUACAAUGAAAAACGCCUCAAUACUGAGAACUAUCGAUAAUUUUAAGAAGAAUUUUACGAGUGAAAUCAAUUCUACUAUCAUUUUGGUAACCAUGCACCGACGAGAAAACUUCGAAUACUUGUCAGAUAUGUGUCGUGCUGUAGCUACCAUAGCAAAAGAACAUGAAAAAAUGUCUUAA